AUGAAUUUAUCCGGCAUAUCAUCGAUACUAUUCCGAAAAAAGCAAUUCGAGGGCAGUUCGCACCUGGAUUCCAAGUUGAGAAGAUGUCUGACAGUGCUCGACGUAAUGUUCAUCGCCAUCGGACACAUGAUCGGAGCGGGAAUAUAUGUGCUGACCGGAGAAGUCGUACACGGGCAAGCCGGCCCCGCCAUCAUCCUUUCGUUCCUUUUCUCCGGUUUUGCGGCGUUGCUCUCCGCGUUCAGUUACGCCGAGUUUGGUGCCAAGUGAGUUGGCACACUUUUUGUGCCCUGGGCUUCAGGUUUCAGUAAUUGUUUUCAGAUUCCCCCGCGCUGGAAGUGCUUAUACCUACAGCUAUGUGGGUCUCGGAGAGAUUUGGGCGUUUAUAGUCGGCUGGACUGUACCGUUGGAGUACAUGAUCGGAAAUGCAGGUAGCUACAGUAACAGUGUGCUUAACAAAAAGUAACUUCAGCUGUGGCCCGUUCCUGGUCGGGUUAUUUCGAUAAUUUGGUGUACAAGAGCGUCUCCAAUUGGACGUUGAGUACAGUCGGCCAGUUGAGUGAUGUAAGGUCCCCAAAAGUUUAUUGAUAAUAUCUGAUAAGGUUCAGGGUACCGGAUUCUUCGCUCAAUACCCCGACUUUUUGGCGUUCUUCCUCUUGAUCCUUGUCGCCAUUGCGGUCGCGGCGGGAUCAAAGUUUUCAGCGAAUGUUAAUAGCAGUUUUGUGGUGCUCAACUUGGCGGUUCUCGCGUUUGUAAUCGUGUGCGGCUUCACCUACGCCGACUUUUCCCUCUGGUCGGGCACCUACCCGGACGGGCGCUCCAAGUUUUUCCCAUUCGGAUUCCAGGGCGCCAUCACCGGCGCUUCUACGUGUUUCUUUGCUUUCAUUGGCUUUGAAGCGCUCGCCACCGCCGGAGAAGAGGCCAAGAACCCGCACAGAACCAUUCCUCUAGCCACUUUUGGCUCUUUGGCCAUAAUCAGUGUGAUCUACGUGCUCAUGGGCGCCUCAUUGACGUUAAUGAUUCCCUACGAUCAGGUGGAUCCAAAUGCCGCGUUUGCGGAUGCUUUCGCGAAGAAGGGAGCCAACGUGGCUAUGAUUAUUAUGAGCGUCGGAGCUCUCGCGGGAAUGCUAAAUAACUUGGUGAGCAGCAACAACACAUUCUCUUUAUGAUUUUUUUUUUUACAAUUGUCUCUUGUUUUCUAGGUCACCGGCGCGUUCGCUCUUCCACGAUCCGUUUACGCAAUGGCCGACGACGGACUCAUCUUCGGAUGGUUCGGAGUGAUCAACUCGAGAACCAAGACUCCUCUGAAUGCUACCAUAGUCUUCACAAUCCUAAACGCCAUCUUGGCACUCGUUUUCGAUCUGAAAGCCCUCGUGGAGUUCUUGUCUAUCGGAACCCUUCUGGCCUAUUCAAUGGUCUCCGUUUGUGUGAUUAUUAUGAGACAUCAACAGCAGUUGAAGGAUGGGAGUGAAACGGAGUACGAUGAUGGUAUGCGAUGGCCUAGAACUUGCCGUCUAACUUUCUGUCUUCCAGGCGGCUCUUUGAAGUCAUGGGUUCCAUUUAGGGGCUUCUGGGAGCGAUUUUCCGAGGGAAUUUCCAUCCGAGUCGCUCUGGCAACCCUGCUCUUCGGCUAUGUUUGCCUGGCAGUCCCCUUCAGAACUGGAAUUUCCGGAAACGUCGGUGGAAUUGUGUUGCUGGUGAUUGGAGCCGUUUUUUCCAUCGGCUCGUUUAUUCUUAUUCUGGGACACGAGCAGAAUAAAUCAGAGGCCACGUAUAAGGUAAUACCUACAGUAAUCCUCUCCGUUCCCUUCGCGCAAAUUGAAUAUUGCAGGUCCCGUUUGUGCCAUACAUUCCCUGCCUGGGCCUCCUAAUCAACGUCUUCAUGAUGGUCUACCUGAAUUCCAUGACGUGGAUCCGUCUCUUCGCGUGGCUCGUCAUCGGAAUUCUGAUCUAUCUGUGCUACGGAGUGCGUCACAGUAAAGAGGCGCUUCGUCGGAAUACGGUAGCCGCCAGUGACGCGUCUCCGGUCUUGACUUUCAAAGCCAAAUAA